AUGGCACGAUUUUUUAAAGGUCAAGAUCGAACUACCGAUCAAGAAUUAGAAAUAAAAAUAGAGAAUUUUGAGGAACAACAACAAAAGGCCAAAGAGUAUAAACAUCAAUUAGAAUCAUACAUAAAAGCCAUCACAAAAUUUCAUGGUGCCAGUGAACAAUUUUUUGGUUUUAUUAAAACAUUAUGUGAUUCGAACUGGACUGGUCGAAAUUCGUUAUUACAAGUAUGUCAAGAUAAUGAUAUUGAAUGGAAAUCGUUUAUCCGACAAAUUCAUACAGAUGCGGAUGAUCAUAUGGAUAUGAAACCGUUUACUCUGCAUAAAGCGAAAAUUGAUGAACAGCGAAAAAUACAAAACGCCUAUGAUAAAGCUCGUCGAGCUCAUACGGCAAGCACUAAACAAGAAAAUCAGACAAAAAUGGAUCAACGACGUGUAGAAAUGGAAAAUUCGAAAGAAGACUAUACUAAAAUUAAUCAAGAAUUGCAUUUAGAAUUACCGGAAUUCUAUUCAAAUCGACAAAAAUUCUAUGUACAAAGUUUUAAAAGACUUUAUACUUGUCAUUCAAAAUUAUAUAAGAAUUUGGCUAAACAAACGGAAGAAUUUAUUCGAAAGAUCGAUGGAGACGAUAAGAAGGAAGAUAAAACUGAAUACAUCACAUCUACUCAUUAUAAACAGGAUCCUUCAUACGCAAACAAACCGGCACGAAUGCCAAAAUCGGUGACCACGGCGUCUAAUGCGCUUCUAUAUGCCAUACCAAAAGAUGUUCGAACCGUUGAACAACCAGCAUUGAAUAAGAGAAAAAUUCAUAAACAGCCCAAAGUUUUAUAUCGUGUAAAAGUUAUGUAUGAUUGUGCUGCAGAAAAUGAUGAUGAAUUAGAUUUGAGAAAAGAUGAAUUCAUUGAUGUAAUAGAAUCUCCGGAAGGCAGUGACCUUACAAGGGAACAAGGAUGGGAAAUUGGAAAGAAAAUGGAUGGAAAGAUUGGUAUAUUUCCGAUGAAUUUUACUGCGAGAUUAUACGUUAACAGUGAAAAUGAAUAA